CCUGCCCUACAACCGAAUGAGCGUAUACGAAAACAACAUUUACAUCUACAGAACGUUUGUGUUUAAGAGUCUGGAUCACUACCUCUUUAACGAGAGGAACAACAAGCCCUUCAGCCACUUCUUCCUUUUUCAAAUUUUUCUUGCGAUUAUCCAACUGCACUCGCUCGGUAUCUACCAUGGACAUAUAAAGAGCGAAAAUUUUCUACUGCAGAACAAUAUGCACGUCCUCAUAACGGAUAUAAAUAUAUUGAAUAAGUACCUCUACUACAUCCCAAGUGUGCGGUAGAUGCUGCUGUUGGCGCCUGUCCACAUUCUGCUGCUGGCGCCUCUCCACAUUCUGCUGCUGGCGCCUCUCCACAUUCUGCUGCUGGCGCCGCUGUACCCCCCGCUCAGGUGCGAAGAUAAGUGGAGUAGCCUACUGCAGCGUCUGCAGAAACUGCAGGACGAUAUCUUCAACCUGGGGAUCCUGGUUCUGGAAAUUUUGCUCUGUGACAAAAGUGUGUCGUACGCAUUCCUGAAGGAGAACUAUCACGACAGGAGAGAGUGCAACUUUUAUCGGGGUAGGAGUAGACAAGGGAUGUUUCAAUUUAUGGGAAGUGGAAAUGGGGGAGAGAAAAAAAACGUUGGGAAAGGCAAAGGCAGAGGCAGUGCCAAGGUGAAAAGAAUAAAAAAAAAAGAAGAUAAAGAGUGCCGCUUUGCCAGCAGUGGAGGUAGUGGCAGCGCAGUUAGCGGCAGCGCAGUUAGCGGCAGCGCAGUUAGCGGCAGCGGAGGUAGCGGCAGCGGAGUUAGCGGCAGCGGAGGUAGCGGCAGCGUGGAGAGUGCGGAGCGCAUCAUGGACCUGUCGACAAAGAAGACGAGCCACAAUUUCGUGCACGCCCUCUCCCUACCGUUUAUAAACAAAAGGAUAAAAAACGAGGAGGAGAGCUAUUUUCAAGAAAACAAACACGUAAAAAUGAAUAUAGACAAAUAUAGGUACUACAAUUACCACUACAUUAACAGCGUCAAUUACAUAAACAUUUACAACGACUUUUACAACAAUGGGACGUUGCAUCCUGUGAGUGAAAACAACUCGCAUAGGGGAAGCGUCACUUAUGGAGGCAACGUCGAGAAUGAGGUUCUUUAUAGGAGCAGGACUGUUUUAUAUGGGCGAGGGGAUGGGUCGGAUUCGUUGGGGGAGGUUCCCCAUGCGUACAGCGAUUACGAGGUGCUCGGGGGAGAGACAAGGGGAGGGAGGAGGAACAGGGCCACUUACGACAGACUCGAUUUGCACGUGCCGCGAGAUUGGGGCUCCGACAGCUCCAGCGAGGCGGGAGAGCCCGAGGGGGAGCAGUCCCCAGCGAGGCCGACAGGCGGAGAAAAGAGAAAAGGGAGUGCCCUACAAAAUUUGGAAAAUUGUUAAAUGGAGACCUACAUCAGGGACAGUCACUUGGGGGACAAAGUGAAGAUGCAUCUGCUGCAGCAGUGGCGCGCACACAGGAGAGAGGCCAAGGGGAGAAGUAGCCAAAGUAGUGGAGCGUACCACUCGACGUGCCACUUUCCGUUCCCCACCCUAUCGUACCAGAAUGCACACGAAUUUUACAGAAAUUUUUUGGUCUUCUACAAAACGCUGUUUAAUGCCAUUUUUCACAAAGACCAAAGCUACAUUGAUAUAUUUAGCGGCUUGGAGAUCUGCAAGAGGGGCAUUUACGCGCCCCUCUUUCGGGGCGCCCACAUCAGGCGGGCUGCCCACCACCGCUGCAGUAACUGCAGUGGGUGGACCAAUCUAAGCAGUAGGACCAGUCUAAGCAGUAGGACCAAUCCAAGCGAGCGGACCAAUCCGGGCAAGCAGACCACUCCAUGCAAGCAGACCAAUCCCCGUGGUUGCCGCUCCCACAAGUGGAGGUUCAACGAAGACAUACUCCAACUAACAAACAUGAUAAUCGCCUCGUACCACUCGCUCGCAUACGAGUCGACCAAGCAGCUUUGUCUCGAAAUGCUCUACUGCAUAAUUUACCACCUCAACGACAGUACCCUGAACAGAGAAGUGGCGUCUUUCCUACUUUUUUGUAUGAACAAGUCAGGUGAAAAAUUAAAAAUUAUAAUCAUCAAAUCUUUUUACAAAAUUAUGCACAAUGAAAAUGCCUACGAACAUAUGUAUCCCUACGUGGAAAAAUUCUUGCCGUCCUUUUUCUCGCUCAAGGACAGUAAAGAAAAAAUGGAGAAAUAUUUUUAUGUGAAAUAUUUACCGCUAAUCGCCAAUGUCACCAUUCAGUAUAUAUAUAAUGUUAGUUUGUUGAAGAAAGGGGGGAAAAAGCAAAAACAAAAACAAAUUUUUAUGAAGGAUCAGGAUGGUCAGAAAAUGGGCCCUGAUGAGAUUACCAUCUCGGAAGUGAAGCACAUGGAAAUGUUAAAAAAACUUCGCAAUCAGUUAGUGCACAUUUUGAAAUACUCCACUGACGAAAAUAUUUUGUUUGAGUUUUACGAGCACUUAAUAAUAUUUUGCAAAAUUAUGAGCAGAAAAUGGGUCAAAAUUUACAUCCUCCCUUAUUUACUAGCAAAUAUUUACAAGACGAAGUAUAGCUUUAUCAGAGCUCUGUCUAUUCGGAUCACUCUUCGAAUUAUGUCCUACAUUAAUGACAGUGAAACGUACAAAAUGAUUUGUGCCUAU